CAUCACUGUGUUCAGCUGCUGAAGAGAGAAUCUCCCUGAGUUUGAUCUGCAGCAGCAUUUGACCUCAGAUCAGUUUGUCACAAUGAGGUUUCUGAUCUCACUGUUUGUGUUGCUGGUUAAUGGUGAAAUAAUCAAUUGUGCAAUCAUCAUUCCACAUACAGAACUUGCAAAUUCCAGCUCUGAUCCAUGCUAUAAUUACAACACUCUCAAUGACUAUUGGAGAGACAUACGGCAAUAUCUGGACACUGGAUAUGAUGACACCCUUGUUGAAUGGAGUGGCUGGUAUCGGCUGUAUCUGAAUGGAGAAAGUGCCCAGAUGUCUGAGUGGUGUGCGAGUUAUAUGAGAUGUGGUGGUUACACUGGACUGUAUCUCAACGGUUCUCAUCCAACACUUGAGGAUGCAGUGGUGACCCGUGAAGUUGUGGGAACGAAUGGGUACCAGUGGGGCUUCAACACAUCCACAUCCAUCCAAGUCAAAGCCUGUCCAGGAGAUUAUUACGUCUAUAAACUUAUCAAGCCAGAUGUGUCGAUCUACAGACCAACAUACUGUGCAGUGUCUUUCAGCAGCAUCAGCAGUGAUCCCUGCUACAACUAUCAGUAUCUGGAUCGUCCCUGGAGAGCCAACAAUGAAAGUGGAGACUGGAUUUGUGAUGAACGUUUCUCCUGGAAUGGCUGGUACCGGCUUUUCUACUAUGGAAUGAACAUCCAGAUGUCAGAGACCUGUAUUAGUUCAUUCAGCUGUAACACAUACUAUAAUCUGUGGCUCAAUGGUCCCUCAUCCUCAGAUAGAGGAUGGAGUGGUGACUAGAGAGGUCUGUGCAGGGUCUUAUUGGAGCAGCUGCUGUUAUUACAAAUCAAAACCCAUCAGAGUGAAAGCGUGUCCAAACAAUUACUAUGUUUAU